AUGGCCCCGCUACCUGCUGAACGAGUCACCGCCAAUAGACCAUUCAAUUUAACUGGCUUGGACUUUGCUGGUCCUUUCUCAUGCAAAACAUCUUUAUUGAAACGCACACAAACAACAAAAGGUUAUCUGUGCAUAUUUGUAUGUUUGACCACCAAAGCUACUCAUCUAGAGUUCCUGUCCUCGAUGUCUGUCAACAACUUCAUCGCCGCUCUACACCGAUUUAUUGCCCGCAGAGGUGCGCCGCACACUCUGUUUUCAGACAACGCUAAGACUUUCACAUCCGCCGCAAGAAAAAUGUAUGAGUUAGAAAAACUCUUGAAGACGAUGCCCUCUGAAGUGAAGUGCUUUCUGUCUAACUACGGCAUAAACUGGAAGUUCAUCCCCCUUAUGCUCCGCAUCAAGGAGGCAUAUGGGAAGCCGCCGUCAAAUCCGCCAAAACACUGCUACAACCGCUGUAUUGGGGACACAGCUCUUACAUACGAAGAGUAUGACACCAUUUUCGUUAGAAUUGAAAGUAUUCUAAAUAGUCGACCGCUUACAGAAUUGUCCUCUGAACCUGCUGAAGCUGCCUCCGUGCUCACUCCCGGGCACUUCCUAAUUGGUAGACCUCUUACCGCACCACCGCAACCCAUAGAGACGAAGGAACUAUUGGUCGCACGCCGCUGGAGACUUACAAACCAAUGA